CAACCGUCCGGGCCAUGUGCUAGUUAAAUUAUAGAUAGUAUAAAUUUUAUUUUGAAUAUGUCUCUAAUUCAUUUACGUAACUACCCAUGGCAUAUAUGUAAUUGAUUUUGUAGUCACUCUUAGAUCUCAAUCAUGUCAUGAGUUUGGCCUUCGAUUGAUGCAUUGACUUUCUAGAAUUUAUUGCUCCGCUGCUCCCGCCGUAACUGUCAGGAGAAAUGUCGCUCUCUCCACCGGCCGGCCGCCGAUACCAAACCAGCUGUCGGAAUCACAGAAGUCAAAAGUCCGCUCCAUACCAUACUAGUCAGCAGCGAGGAUUCUCGCCUUUCCAUUUCCCCACCACUUCCAGUACAAAAUCCCUUCUCAACCCUUUCCCCUACAUUCCAGCGAUUCUUCACUCUGAAACCCUAAAAUGAACUCUGUCGGGCUAGAAGUGGUUCUGAUCACCGGCUGCUCGCAGGGAGGCAUUGGCCACGCCCUGGCUAAAGAGUUCGCUGCUAAUAACUGCCUGGUCGUCGCCACCAGCAGGUCUUUGAGCUCCAUGCGAGACUUGGAGCAGGACGACAGAUUCUAUCUCCUGGAGCUCGAUGUCACUUCCGAGGAGAGCGUGCAGCGGGCGGUGGCAAACGUCAUCGACAAGUAUGGGAGAGUGGAUGUUCUGGUCAAUAACGCCGGCGUUCAGUGCAUCGCCCCAACUGCUGAGGUCCCUCUGUCUGCCUUGCAGCAGGUUUUCGAUACCAACGUUUAUGGCCCGAUGCGGAUGAUUCAAGCUGUUGUUCCACACAUGGCAUCCCGAAGAAAGGGGAAAAUCGUAAAUGUAGGGAGUACUGUAGUCCUGGUGGCUUUUCCUUGGAGCGGGCCAUAUUGUGCAUCUAAGGCUGCACUCCAUGCUUUAACCGACACGUUGAGGUUAGAAGUGAAGCCAUUGGGGAUCGAUGUGAUAAAUGUAGUUCCAGGUGCUAUUCAGACGAAUAUACUGCACUCGGCUCAGAGUAACUAUAAAUCUGAGUGGAAUCUAUACAAGCCAUUUGACCCAGCAAUGAGACGAUUAGCCUCCCAAGGCACAGUAGGUACUCCUGUCGCAACAUUUGCAAAGCAUACUGUUGCUGCCAUCCUCAAGAAACAUCCCCCAGCAUGGUUCUCGUCAGGCAUGUACUCGACCAUCUUGGCCAUUGCGAGCCAUCUGCCAUGUCGUAUCAAGGAUUUGCUCGUUCGUGGUUAUCUUAAACCCUGAAUCAUUAUCCUUCACAUUAUUCACUGCGAAUGGUCUUCUCUGCAGCUUCUUGUAUGCAAGAUGGUUCAGAUUUCACCAUAUCUAGCAAUGCUCCCAUCUUUCUUCUGAAUGGUGUGACUGUGUGACUUGGCGUGUUCUCUGGUGCAUCAUGUGGCUAGGAAGGGUCCAAAACUCUGUAGUUAUCUUUGUUGAUUAAACUGAUUAUCAACAACUGGGUUUAUGAUUAACAUUGAUGUGAUUGUUUGGGCAUUGCUUCUUCCUUAAUGCUAUUCUAAUCUGAUAAUAAAACCAGAUGCAGGACAAGCUCGGUGUUGGAGAGAUGAUGAAGGUGGUUAAUGAUGUUGGCAAUUUUAAUAUCAACUAGUAAUCCUGGUAUGUUUAUAGUUUAUCAGCAGUAGAGAUAGGAUAACUUAAUAAACUAUAAUUCCUGCUUAGGGAGCGGCUAAGCUUCAAGGCAACUUGCUCUGUUGCUGGAGUCUGGGUCACUUGGGCACAACUUUCUGGUUUUGGUUAAGACCCAUUACUGAAUCAGUUUAGUAUAUCAGCAUCCUUAAACGCACUAAUAAAAAUAGCCACGCACACAUUAUUAGGGUUGGUGAACAAAAAGAACCGCAAACCGACCCCGUCCAAUCUAACCCAACCCAUUCGUAUUUAUCGUUAAUAUUAAGGUUUAACGUUGGGUGAAUAUUUUAUUUUGUACAACCCGUUUCUUUUGGGUGAAUGCGAAUUUUGGGUUAAUCAACUGGUAGAAUUCGACCCAAACUAUGUCCAAACUACAGUCAUAAUUGUUCAUAUCUAAAACAUAUUUAUAUCGUAUAUAAGCAUGUUUGUGAGAAAAUUAAUAUAUUUUGUCAUAUUUUUCUCUUGUGGUUUCCCCAACCUAAUGCCUUCGUCGACCUAAAAAUUUAGACUCGAGUUAAUAGAGGCAAUGUUUCACGUAAUAUCUUUGUUACAAGUUUAGAAGAAUAACACAGCGUGUGGAAAAAAUUAGACAUAUAUUGAAGCAAAUUACAUUGAUUUAAAAUCCAUAUAUAUAUAUAAAAGAUAAUCAUAUAUUGAUUCAAGAUAGGAACUGGAAUGCAGCCAGGCCUAAAAAUUAAAAGAACAACACGUAGACGGGUACAAAGUAAGGGCCUUUCUAGCCACUGCAUGAGCUACCCUAUUGUUAUUCCGACCUACAAAUCAUAAGCCAAACCCAGAGUGAGUCUCAAAAUACUGCACAAUUUCGUCCAAAAUAACCCCAACCCUACUAUCUCUGGUAUCCGCUUGAUUGAUCUUGUCGAUGAUGACCUUGGCAUCGCCUUCAAAUCUCACGUCCAGGACGCCAUUGGCCACGCACCAGAAGAUAGCGUCCUAGAUGUCAAGUGAUUCCACCACCAGAGGAUCAUCAAUAGACCGAAACUGGGUCUCUUGGGUCAGAAGGAUCUCCCUACGAGGGCCAAGAGGAACCAUCCCUCCAGCCGAAUGAGACUCACACAACUCUCGUAGCCCCAUCCCACAUACACACAAUCGAGGGAGCCUCAGGCAGCCCUGUUGGAUGGAAAAUAGGAGUCAGACUUGGAGUCAUACAAUCUACGUGCAAACGCUCGCAUUCCUCACACUGCUGGUGAUAUUGGUGCAUCAAGGCAGGGAAACCAAAUUGCUUGCCUUCUUCAAAGACAACCCAAUUGUGAGACUUCCAAAUCCGCCAAAGGAUAGCCACCACCGACAGGACAACAGAGGGCUGAUGAAUUAUGGAGAACAACCUCUUGAGGAAGAGGGGAAAUGUUUGGCGAGACAACCCUUAACAUCCAUGCAUUUUGAUACUUUUCACAUUGCUUUAUUUGUUUGAAAUCUUAACUAGUUAUAUUAUAUUUUUUGUUGCGUAAAAUAGUUUAAUUUUUUUGUUUUGGGUUGGGUUUUUACUUAAAAGUAUUAAUGUCAUCCUGACUCAACACAGUUAUAAACAAACAGUAGAGUUUGUGUAUAAAACGUUAUGAAGUGA